UCGCCCAGGAUCAGGAACCUAGGAGCUUUGGUUCGAGACAAUUAAAGACGUGGGAUGAGGAUCCAGUGACAGGACGCGGUUCUGCCUGGAGAUUCUGAAGAUAAAACGCUUUGAAAAAUCGAAUUCAUGGUCGUGGAAGCCGAGCCCAUAUUAAGAAAUGUCAGGCGUCCGACCCCCGAUCAUGAACGGGCCCAUGCAUCCCAGGCCCCUGGUGGCACUGCUCGACGGCCGGGACUGCACGGUGGAGAUGCCCAUCCUGAAGGACGUGGCCACCGUGGCCUUCUGUGACGCGCAGUCCACACAGGAGAUCCACGAGAAGGUGCUGAACGAGGCCGUGGGGGCGCUGAUGUACCACACCAUCACGCUGACCAGGGAGGACCUGGAGAAGUUCAAAGCUCUCCGCAUCAUUGUGAGGAUAGGGAGCGGUUUCGACAACAUCGACAUCAAGUCGGCCGGGGACUUAGGCAUUGCUGUCUGCAACGUGCCGGCGGCGUCUGUCGAGGAGACCGCUGACUCCACCAUGUGCCACAUCCUGAACCUGUACCGCAGGACCACGUGGCUGCACCAGGCGCUGCGGGAGGGCACGCGGGUCCAGAGCGUUGAGCAGAUCCGGGAAGUCGCAUCCGGAGCCGCCAGGAUCCGUGGGGAGACCUUGGGCAUCAUAGGGCUGGGUCGCGUGGGGCAGGCGGUGGCGCUCCGGGCCAAGGCGUUCGGUUUCAACGUGCUCUUCUAUGACCCGUACCUGUCGGACGGCACCGAGCGGGCGCUGGGGCUGCAGCGGGUCAGCACGCUGCAGGACCUGCUGUUCCACAGUGACUGCGUGACGCUGCACUGUGGCCUCAACGAGCACAACCACCACCUCAUCAACGAUUUCACCGUCAAGCAGAUGCGACAAGGCGCCUUCCUGGUGAACACGGCCCGGGGCGGCUUGGUGGACGAGAAGGCCCUGGCCCAGGCCCUGAAGGAGGGGCGGAUCCGGGGCGCUGCCCUCGACGUGCACGAGUCGGAGCCCUUCAGCUUUAGCCAGGGCCCGCUGAAGGACGCACCCAACCUGAUCUGCACCCCCCACGCGGCCUGGUACAGCGAGCAGGCGUCCAUCGAGAUGCGGGAGGAGGCAGCCCGGGAAAUCCGGAGAGCCAUCACAGGCCGCAUCCCCGACAGCCUGAAGAACUGUGUCAACAAGGACCACCUGACCGCCGCCACCCACUGGGCCAGCAUGGACCCAGCCGUCGUGCACCCUGAGCUCAACGGGGCCGCCUACAGCAGGUACCCGCCGGGCGUGGUGGGCGUGGCCCCCAGCGGCAUCCCGACUGCCGUGGAAGGCAUUGUCCCCAGCGCCAUGUCCCUGUCCCACGGCCUGCCCCCCGUGUCCCACCCGCCCCACGCCCCUUCUCCCGGCCAAACCGUCAAGCCCGAGGCAGAUAGAGACCACGCGAGUGACCAGUUGUAGCCCGGGCGGAGCUCGACGGCCUCGGCGGGCGGGCGGCGCCCCCGGACAGGCGUGUGCAGAGGCGGCGCCUGUGGGUGGCCACGGCGCUCCAGAGACUGUCCAGGCGCCGGGCGGGCGGGAGGUGGCGCCGGCCUCCCCACGUCAGCUGUAGUUGCCCUGUCCCGAGGGCCAGCCGCUGUCCUGUGUCCUUUGCGUCCUCGUUAAGCAGAAGUUAGUAGUUAACUCUAUCAUGAGUGUUCUCGUCUGUGUACCGUCUGUAGAACAUCAAGGAUUUGUUUGCUUAGCUGUCGGCAGAGAGAGCCCUGAGGGAGCGCGGCAGGUCGGUCUCAGACUGUCCCUUGUGUGUUGGAACGCGCCCCAAACGAGGCAGUUGGCAAACUUCUCAGGACAACGACUCCUUCCCGUUUUUCUUUCUACGCCACACAGUGCAUUGUUUUUUCUACCUGCUUGUCUUAUUUUUAGAAUAAUUUAGAAAAACAACAAAGGCUGUUUUUCCUAAUUUUGGCAUGAAUCCCCUCGUUCCAAAUGAAGACGGCAUCGCCAAGUGGCUCCAAGAGAAGAGGAGUGCGCCUGGCCCACAGCGCGCUCCGGCCGUCGGCAUCUGUCCUGGGGACGUGAGGGCGCAGCGUCCCGGCCUGCGCGGGUGCCGUCCUGCUGAUGUGGUAGGCUAGCAAUAUUUUGGUUAAAAUCAUGUUUGUGACUGUAACCAUUUGUAUGAAUUAUUUUAAAGAAAUAAAAAUCCCAGAAAGAGC